GUUUCGUUACGAAUUGUAGAAAAUUAACUCGAUAAUAUCAAAAGCUGACAGAAUCCGAAACUGUGAAGGCGCGUUUCGAGACGAGAGCAUCUAAAUAAUCGUGUAAAUAAUUCGAUAAAUGUGGGGUGUUGGUUUUAUUUUUUCCGCCGAAGUUUCACGUACCUAUAAUCGAUUUUACUGCUACACAAACCUUUAUCUAUCCAGUAUGUAGUAAACAUGGACAAUGACAAAUUCUAGGUACGCAGCGAUUGUAUGCAUUUUUUUGGCAAUACUCCACAGGGAAGCUGAUUCGCAAGACAUUCUAGAUGACGAGAGAAACGGCUGCAGGUGGCACGGAGGCUCCAUUUCGGGCUUGGUAUGCGAUUGUCGCGGCGAUGCAGAGGUGACAUUAAAUUCGAACACAAUCAGCUACCCAUCGACUACAGAAAUCGUAAUGAAAGGAUGCCGUGCAGUUAAAAUCGAAGCAAACACGAUAGCAGGACUCAGAAACCUUCGACUCGUGUCGCUUAGCGAUAUCCAACAAAUUCGCUUCGACAGCGACAGCAUAAAUUGGUACGGGUAUCGAGAUAGCGUAUCCCAAGUCGUAGAAGAAGAGAGAUUCGACGUUACUAUUCCUUCGUUGAAAUUGCUCGUUCGCAACAGCAACGUAUCGGAGAUUGCCAGCCACGCGUUCGCGGGAAGAAUCGGAGAGAUAAUCCUCGACGGUGUAGUCGUUAACAAAAUAUCACCGUUGGCUUUCGUGAAUUUGCUCCAAACCGAAAAAAUUUCGAUCAGAAACUCGGCGCUUCUGGACGUGGGAGUGCAAGCGUUUAAAAAAUUCGCGACGGAGCAAUUCGAAUUGGUUAAUGUGACGGCCGAUCUCGUGCCGAGCAGGGCGAUUUCCAAUAUAACCGUUUACCAAAGCGUAGUAAUAGAUAAUUGCGAUUUCAACGCGAUCCGAUCGGGUGGCUUCACCAUCUACAAUCCGAGCAGGUUUCGGCUGACGAACAGCCGCGUCGGAAAUUUAAACGGAGAGGGUUUCAAAAUCAUCAGCAGGGGAAUCGUUUCGAUUCGAAAUAACACUUUCGUGAACGUCGACGACGGCGGAUUCGCGGGCAUAACGUUACAAAAGGACGUGAUUACCUACAAACUUACGUUCGAUUCGAACAGGAUUCGAAAUAUGCACCCCACGUCUUUAAGCACGUCCGAGCCCUAUUUCCAAUUCACCAAUAUCAUACUCGAUGAAGCUUGCGAUUGCACCGCUGUGGAUGACAAAAUUCGCGAAAGCUCGUAUUACAAGGAAAUUAAAUGCACCUACGAAAACGAGCUGACGCCAUUGGACGUGUUCAAGACUAAAAUGUGUUCAGUCGUUAAUCAAUAUUAUAUUGUAAUCAUAAUCGCGAGCGUCGUUGCGAUUCUAAUAGCGGCAAUUUUAUUGGGAUUGUACAUGUAUUAUCGAAACGUUUACAAACGGCAAAAAUACGGGGACAAAAAGGCCGGUAAAAACGGUAAUAUGAGUCUAAUUGUGCCGGACGGUAGAACGUACAGGGAAACCGAGCUGCACGUUAUCGUAGAACGCGCCGAUCUCCUUACAACCGACUUGUAAUUUAUGAUAUUUAUUAAAAUGCCAUUCGACAAAC